AUGAACAGAACCUCUACACAGCCUCUAAAGACAGAGAUGGCCACGAACAUUCCUUUUUACCUGCACGGUCAUGCAUUGUUCAGUUCGAAUGGAUCAAUUAAUGAUGAGCCAAACACAACUCCCUUAUACUAUGAUGACUACUACAGUGAAAAUCUUGAUCCAUCUGAGUUUUUCCCCUGUGAUUAUGGCAGCCAUGCAUCCAGCAUCCUACCUGUGUUAUACUCCAUGUUCUUUGUUGUGGGCAUGCUGGGUAACUCACUGGUGGUCUGGGUGAUCUUGAUGAGUGUGAAGUGUAGAAGCCUGACAGACAUCUGUCUUCUGAACCUGGCUUUAGCUAACCUGCUGCUGGUCUCCUCUCUCCCUUUCCUGGCACACUAUGCUAGAGAUCAAUGGAUCUUUGGAGGUGCCAUGUGCACCAUGGUGCUAAGUUUUUACCACAUUGGGUUCUACAGUGGGAUAUUCUUCAUUGUACUGAUGAGUGUUGAUCGAUAUUUAGCUGUUGUUCAUCCUGUGUUCUAUUUGAGAGUCAGAACAAGGACAUGUGGGAUCUUAGCCAGUGCGUUCAUCUGGGUCAUUGCGAUUGCAGCUUCAUUUCCUGAGCUGAUCCACCUUAAUAUCAGUAAAUACAAAAAUCAAACCCUUUGUAAAUCAUAUCCAACAAGUGACGGUGGGCAUCAUCUUUUUUUAAGGACUUUUGGUAUUAUUAAAAUGAAUGUUCUGGGAUUGAUAAUUCCACUCAUUGUCAUUGGAUUGUGUUACUCAAUGAUACUGAAAAAACUCCUGAGAGCUCACUCUUCAAGAAAACAGGCCAUGCGGCUUGUCAUUAUAGUGAUGGUGGUCUUCUUCUGCUGUUGGACUCCAUAUAAUGUUGCAGCUUUUGUGAAAGCUUUGGAGGUGAAUAAACUUAUAGAUUCAUCCUGUGAAAGCAGCAAGACAAUCACUCUAAGUCUCCAGAUCACAGAAGCUGUGUCGUACUUGCACAGCUGCCUAAAUCCCAUUCUCUACGUGUCUGCAGGAGAGAAAUUUAGGAGGCGCCUUUUCCGAUCUGUUUAUUCACAGACCAAAGAUAACUGCAGCUCCAUCAUUCACUUGUAUGCCUUCGUAGUCGGCUUUCGCCCUCACCAAUAUGGUAGCGGCGUUGACGUGCGAUCCAGCGCACAAUGUGGCGUCUAG